GUGUUCCGUCAACGUAGGGGGUGGGGGCAUUUGCAGUCAGUCUGAUCAGUCGUCCAAGUCAUGUCAUAGCGAGAAUCACGCGAGAUCUCCAGAUGCAACGGUCCAUCAAGUUCGGCGACGCAUACGCACGCAGCCUGUCAAAAUCGAACGCAGCGUUCUCCAAGGAGCGUCGCACCAUUCGGUACCUCUACGUCCGUUCCCCUGUGACGCCACGGAAGGUAACUGAUUAUAGCACGACCCCAUGCCUCAUGGGACGACAAUUAUGACCCACGCUAUAGAUGAACUGAUGAUUUCGAUCAAACUCCGAUUAAAUUGAUCUACGAUUAAUUUAUCAAGUAAUUCAACGAACUUACGCCUAAGCACCGAAAAUGAGGAUCAUAUUCGUAAAAUUCCGUGAGAUCUCGCAGAAGUAUCCUAUUGUUCGAGGCAUGGCGUCCUACUCGAUUAUAUGGCCAGCUGGAAAUUUUUUGCAACAGAAGAUAAUGGGCAAAGAAGAAUUUAAUUACAUGGAAGCUGUGCGAUUCAGUCUAUAUGGUGGUCUUUAUGUAGCGCCUACACUAUACUGCUGGCUGAAAUGCGCAUCUCACUUCUGGCCAAAAGCGGAUUUAAAAUCUGCAAUCACUAAGGCUUUGAUUGAACAAGUUACAUACGGUCCUGCAGCUAUGUGUUCCUUCUUCUUUGGCAUGAGUCUUCUUGAAUUAAAGCCAGUUUCGGAAUGCAUUGACGAGGUCAAAAUUAAAUUUUGGCCAACAUACAAGAUUGCUAUUUGCGUAUGGCCAAUUCUUCAAACCGUCAAUUUCAUCCUAAUUCCAGAGCGAAAUCGUGUAGUAUACGUCAGUAUAUGCAGUUUGAUCUGGACGUGUUUCCUUGCAUAUAUGAAAUCUCUUGAAGCCAAGCAAAAGGAGCCGAUUAAUAUUACCAAUGUUAAUCCCAAGAUAAUAUCAGAAAGUAAAGCGCAAACCAACGAAAGAGCCAAUCAUAUGCAAAUUCCUCUACUACGAUAAAAAUUUUAGGAAACUGACAUGCCGUUAGAUUAAUUUAUUUGUACAUACUUGCGCAAUUGGAAGCAAUAUUUAUACCUUAUGAUGCAAUUCACAUAAUAUGAUUAUCUGUGAUAUUCACAGUACAAAACUAUUACCU